GUCCUCCCUCGCACCCUGCGUGCGGUUACACCUUCUCCUUCGCGUACCAGACAGACACUCCCUGAGUUCCGCUGCCACUCGCGUCGCCGGCAGAUAUGCUAAUAUCUCCAGGACUCGCGGCACCGGCGGCGUCUCACCCGCCACCUUUCCUCACCGCCGCCAGCCUCGGUGACCGCGCUACUCUAGGCGGCCUCGUUCAACCGGCCGCAACGACGUCGAAGACCCGCUGCUACAUCCGCAGUCGCGGCCGCCCGCUGCUCCGCUAUGCGACCGCCGACGCCGCUUCUAUCGUGGGCAGCGUAUCGACCAAUGACACUCAAUGCCGCCUGGACCGCGACGAGCUCCGCAGGGUCUGCCAAGAGCCCGACCUCGAGGGAGCAGUCAACCUGCUCGACGAAAUGCUUCGCCGGAGAAGCGGCGCCGGUGCGCCGGGCCAACUCGCGCCGGAAGAGCAGGCCGCGGUACUCCAGUGCUACGUCGACGCGCUCUCGCUGGCCUCCCUCAGACGAGGCCACCGGCUGCUCGCCAAGUCCACGUCCCGGUACUCCGGGAUCGCCACGCCCAUCGUGCACAGGAUCGCCACGCUGUACUGCAAGCUCGGCGCCCCCGCCGACGCGCGCCGGGUCCUCGAGGGUCCGUCGAGGCCGGCACCAGGAAAGCCCGCGGACGCGGCACAGGCCAAGCGGAAGGAGGCGUACGAGAAGGUGCGCGAGCUGCACGAGCAAAUACGCGCGGCGGGGUACGUGCCGGACACCCGCUUCGUGCUGCACGACAUCGACGAGGCCGCCAAGGAGCGCGCGCUCAUGUACCACAGCGAGCGCCUGGCCAUCGCGUUCGGGCUGGUGAGCACGCCGCCCGGCACGCCGCUGCGGGUCAUGAAGAACCUCCGCAUCUGCGGGGACUGCCACAGCGCCGUCAAGCUCAUCGCCAAGGUUACCGGCCGCGAGAUCAUCGUCAGGGACAACAAGCGGUUCCACCAUUUCAAGGACGGCGCCUGCUCCUGCGGGGACUACUGGUGAGACAGUCUCCACCACAACUGCCAUUGGCAUCCAUUCCUCUCUUAGCCUAUGUUCAGUGUCUCGACCAUGCCUGUAAAUUUUGGCAAAGGGUUUUGGUCUUGUGUAAGUGGAGAGAACAAUGAAGCAUUUUGUUUAGCCAACAUAUGA